AUGCAGCAGGAACUUUUGUUCAAAGUGCUGGUCAUUGGAGACCUGGGAGUGGGGAAAACGUCCAUCAUUAAGCGGUACGUGCAUCAGAUCUUCUCCCAGCACUACCGAGCCACCAUCGGGGUGGACUUCGCCCUGAAGGUGCUGCAGUGGGACAACGACACUGUGAUCCGCCUGCAGCUGUGGGACAUAGCAGGGCAGGAGCGCUAUGGGAACAUGACUCGUGUCUAUUACCGGGAGGCGGUGGGAGCUCUGGUGGUGUUUGACGUGACAAGGGCCUCCACGUUCGACGCCGUGCUGAAGUGGAAGGACGACCUGGAUUCCAAGGUGACCCUAAACCAUGGGAGGCCGGUUCCAGUGGUCCUCCUGGCCAAUAAGUCAGACCAGCUGGGCUCCCAGCAGCCCAAACUGGACUCCUUCUGCAGGGAGAACGGCUUCGCUGGCUGGUUCGAGACCUCCGCUAAGGAAAACGCUAACAUCGAGGAGGCGGCACGCUGCCUGGUGGAGAACAUCCUGAACAACGAGGAGAGCCCGGUGGUGGAGCGAGAGCCCGCCUCCCUCAUCCUGUCUGGAUUCACCAACACCACCAAGGAUCCUCUCAACUGUGCAUCAUGUAUGAAGCCGUGACUCCUGACCAAUCACAUGCCACCCAGUUUGGCUCAGGGACUGUUAUAGUGAUUAAUACAGAAAAAUAGGCAGAGGUUAGUACCAUGGCCAUCAGGAGAUCUGAAGCAGAAAGGAUUUGGUUUAGGUUAAUUUAAAAUGUUUCAGUCCUUCAGAUCCUCUUAAUUCAAUAUGAAAGAAUGUCUUGACUUAUUAAAAGUUUUAGGAAGAUAGGCAUUAAAUGUGAAUUUACGACUUACAUUUUAUUUCAUACUUUUUA